AGUAUGUGUAGGCAGGAAGGUGGGUCAGUGGGAAAAGCAUAGGAUUUUCACUAAUGAAACCCCAGGUUUGAACUACACACAGUUUGUGCUAGAAUGAAAGAGUGCUCAGCUCUCUUUCUCUCUGAUAAACAAUUGUUUUUUAAACAAAUAUGCAUGUAUGAUCUGACAUCAAGACUGACAUUUCACUUAAACAGUGUCAAACCCAUUUGCAAUUCAUUCAUGUUUUAUGGCUCAAUAAGCUGUUCUUUUUAUUGUUGUGAUUGGACAGAGACAGAGAGAGAUUGAGAGGAGAUGGGAUAGAGAGGGAAAGAGACAGAGAGACACCUUCAACCCUGCUUCACCACUCACAAAGCUUCCCCCUCCUCUGCAUGUGGGGACCGGGAGCUUGAACCUGGGUCCUUGCACACUGUAACGUGUGUGCUCAACCAGGUGUGCCACCACUCAGCCCCUGGGCUGUUUUUUUUUUUUUUUAAGUUUUUCUUUUUUUUAUAAUAUACUUUUUUUUUUUUUUUUUUACAAUUUUUAUUUAUUUUUAGAUAGAAACAGAAACACUGAAAAGAAGGGGAGGAGAGGGAAUGAGAGAGACAUCUGCUGAGCUGUUUUACCAGGAGUGACGCUUUCCUCCUGCAGGUAGGAACCAGGGGUUUGAACCAGGUUGGUCCUUGCACACUGUAAUGUGAGUGUUUAACCAGGUGAACCACUGUCUGGCCCCAGGCUGGUUUUUGUUUGUUUUUGUUUUUUAUUGGGUAGAGACAGAAUUUGAGAGACAGAGAGGGAGAGAGAUAGACACCAGCAGCCUUGCUUCACUACUCUGAAGCUUUCCCUCUGCAGGUGGGGACCGAGGGCUUGAACCCGGGUCCUUGUGCACUGUAGUGUGUGUGCUCAACCAGGUGCACCACCCCCUGCCCAUUCUUUUUUAAUACUAAUUACUAAAUCCUUUUAGAGAUAUGCCACCAUCUGUCUAUCCCUUCACCUCCUCAAAGACGUUGGGUUAUUUCCGCUGUAGGUAAUUGUGAAUAAAGUCGCCAUAAAUGUUCCUUCACAGACUUCUCUGUGAAUGUAUGUUUUGAUUUCACGAGCUGAUUCGUACAAGUGAGCUUUCCUGGCUAUUUGCUAGGUAUAUGACUAACCUUAGAAGAAACUGACAAACUGUUUCCCAGAGUGACUGUUGACAGUUUGCUUCCUUACCAGCAAUGUGUGAAAAUUCCAGUUGCUCUAAAUCUUCACCACAGAUUGGUAUUGCCAGGACUUUGGGUUUUUAUUUUAGUCAUUUCAACAGGACACCUCUGCACUGGGCUGCAGCUGUAGGGAAAACAGAAUGUGUACAGUCACUGCUGGAACUGGGCAUGGACAGCAAUCUUCGAGACAUCAACGAGAGCACGCCCCUGGCCUACGCCCUGUACUGCGGCCAUACAGCCUGCGUCAAGCUCCUCUCUCAAGAAAGCAGAACAGAGCCUACCCGACCUGUUCCUCCCCAGAACAGCAGAAGGUCAGAAGGUCAGAGGAAGGAGGGAGGAUUCAGCAUGCUUAACCAAAUCUUCUGCAAAAACAAAAAGGAAGAGCAGAGGGUCUAUCCGAAGGAGCACAGCAGGGACCACCUCAGAGGGGAGCACACCUCAGAAGUCGAGAACAUCGUCACCUCCUUUGACAAUAUCGUGGACACCAAUAUCCGAGAACAGCCUGGUGACCAGGUGCCUACAGCAGAUUUUAAGAAAAAGACCUCAGAGAACAUAAAAUAUCUCUUGCCAGACAAGAAGCCUCUGACCCACAAAGAGCUUCCACCCAUCAGAACACAGAGCCUCCCACCCAUCACGCUGGGCAACAACUUCCUGACGGCCUCCCAUGGGGCCACCUCCCAUGCUAUGCUGAGCUCCGGUCCUCAUCAUACAGCCCAGCCAUCUCAGAAAAGCCGCAGUGAGCAGGAUUUAUUCAGUAACAGAACAGGCUGCCAGGCAUUGCUCGAUAACCCCUGGAGAGGUGAUUCUAACCAGGUGUUCUGCAAAGCCUGGACUGUGUCUUCUGAUAAGCUGUUAGACAGACUGGUUACCAGCAGAUCUGUCUACCAGGAGGUCUCAGGGCUGCCACCUAUUUCUCACCUACAUAAUCCUUCAUCAGGACAAAAUUUUCAGCAUCUCUCCCCAAACAGACCCAAAAUCAGGGAUUUUCCUUUCGCUCGGAACAACUUAGAGCCUCUACCAGACCAAAAAUUUCUAUCCAGGGAACCUCUGAGGACAAACCGAGUGCUUCCUGCUAUUCCAAGUCAGCGGGGACACAGUGCGCCAACUGGGCAGGGUGAGGACUCAGCCAGUCCUGCCCAUGAUGAAAACUAACUGUGGGCCGCAGACAGCGGGAGUACUGAGUAUUAGAUAUGCCUAUAUUUUUAAACUGGCAAAGGAUGAGAUUACCUGAGUUUGUUAAGAACAAAGAUUAAUUUUGUAAAUUGCAUUCUACAAGCCAUUCAUAGUUUCCUAACUCCGUGUUCUUUCUUCCAAAUAAAGAUAUCACCCAAAUUAGCACCUAGGUUCUUUGACUGCACUUCAAAUUUGUAAGUUUGGUGAGUUUCUGUGACCUUUACAUGCCCCAAAUAAGUCAAAAUAUGUUAUAAGCAAGGAAAAGUUAGCUAUGUUUGGUCUGCCUUGUGGCAUGCUUGCCAGUUUGUUUUACUGGGUAUUGCUUUUUUCUUUUUUUUAAUGUAUGCUUUGCUGAAUAAAAAAAAAAGAAUACAUUUCAAA